AUGCGUCUGCUGACCCACAACAUGCUCGUGUGCCACGUCAAGGCCUGCGCCGACACGGCCGGCCGCGAUGCCGGCGCUCGUCCGCUCAACUUCCCGCUGCGGAUGGACGGCGUCGUGGUGCUCCAGACCCAAUACAGCAAGAGCUUCAUGCUGCACAUCAUGAGCUCCAUCGACUACCCGGCGCUGUGCCACACCACCAAGGAGUUGAACCACCCGGAGGUGCCGGUGCUGCCGGAACAGAUCCCCGCCGACUUGUCGGGGCAGGACGAGCUGCUUCAGACGAUUCACCGCGUCCUCUUCGACACGAACAUUGUGGAGGGGGAGCUCGUGUGCAACAACUGCGGACGCAGCUACCCGGUCACGAACGCCGUGCCCAACAUGCUGCUGGAAGAGGACGAACUUUAA